ACGAUUAUCAAUAACAUUCAAGAUUUUAUAUCACACAGAAAGACCUAAAGGCUGAAAAGUGAAAAUAUGUAGGUUGUAAAUCCAAUUUUCGACUUAUCCGCAAGGUUAUAAAUUAAGCCUUAAAGCGCUAGCCUCUGAGUAAGGAAUAAACUCUUAAGAAAAUAGAGAACUGAUAAUAUUACAACAUCUUCAGAGUAUACAUACAUGCUAUGUGAUGUCCGGUCUAAAUCAUGUACAAAGAGUUCGUUUAUUGUAUAAAACUAUUUUAAGGCUGCACAGAGGCCUACCAAAUGAAUUACAAGAACUUGGUCAAGCAUAUGUACGUGAUGAAUUUCGUCGACAUAAAAACUGUAAUCCUAAAGAAGCUCAAACAUUCAUGCUGGAAUGGAGUAAAUACACAUUGACACUAUCAGAGCAGUUGUUAAAGAACUCAAAAUCAAAUAUUGGUUUUGGAAAAAAUAUUGAUAAACAUGAUGGUGCAUUAGACUCUUUCACAGAUGAUCAAAUUAUACAACUUUAUAAUUUAUUCAAGGAAACUACUGGAAUCCAAGACAAAACCAUUGAAUCUGAGCUUUCAAAAUAAUUCAAUUAAACUAUGUUUAUAGUACCUACUUAAUACAUAUAGAUAUUUAUUUAUGUUACAAAUUUGUAACUUUGGUAGUUGCUUUAAAAUAUAAUAUUAUUGUUACUGCAUGUAAUUUUUUAAUUUGUUGAAUUCUCAAAUUAUAUACAUCAUACUUAACAUACACAUAUUUUGUAAAUUAAUUUUAUUUACCUCAAUAAAAAAUUAUGAAUAUUUAUAUAUGCAUAACAUUAUAAUGCAAAUGGUUCUCUCUUAGUCAAAUAUAGUAUUAUAUUUUUAUCAUCAAAAAGUAGCGUUUGCUAUUAUCAUUGAUGAUCAAAUUAACAAGAAAUCAUUUUAAUUGUUUUCCAUUUGUUAAAUUACUUAAAUAAAACUUUUGUGCAAUUAA